AGUGGGCCAUCAGACCCAGUAUGUGGUCUUCUAAGCCCAACCCAACCUAACCCACCACUGAAAGCCACCGGUCCUAUCCACAUUCCUUCCCAGUCUAAACCGUAUGCGGAACCUUGGAGUUCCGUCGUGGAUCCAUGGCGAUGGCAGCCUCGCCGUACUUCCGCCCCCUCAACUCCUCCUCGUUCUCAACGAAUACCCGCCGUUCCCGCUUGAAUUCCGCCUAACAACGCGGCAAACCCGCCACCCCGGUUCCUCGUCAGCUGCAGAAGAAAUACAAAGCAGCCAUCUCCACUCUUUUCUCCUUAUUUAUGGCGGCGGCGGCGGCGACAAACUCCCUGCUCCAUUCCUGGCUCCACUACACGACCCGUUCUCCUUUGCCCAACCCCUACUCCAAAUGCUCCUAUUUCUCUUCUCCUCUUCUCCUCCAAGUCAAUCCGUGUCGGACCAAUUCGUUUCCGUCUCUGACGAGCAAUUGCAGCUCUAGCCGCGUUUGCUGCGAAAUCAAGAGUUUUGAGAGCCACCAACAGAAUUUAACCGUCAGGUUUUUAUCUGGCUCCGGCCAGUUACAUUCAAUCCAGAGCUCUCCCCCUCCUUCUUCCGUUCCAAUGGCUGCCACUGCGUCGUCGGAUUCCGGGUCGAAAGGCGUCAAACGGGUCUGCCUUUUCUACUGCGACGAGACCAAGGCCUUGGCUGAGCGAAUUGCUAAUCGCUCCGACGCUAUCGAGCUUCGUUCCAUCAACUGGAAGACGUUUGAUGAUGGAUUCCCAAACUUGUUCAUACCAAACGCACAAGGGAUUCGGGGCCAGCAUGUUGCUUUCUUGGCAUCAUUUAGCUCGCCAAAGGUGAUAUUUGAGCAGCUAUCAAUCAUCUAUGCACUGCCCAAACUGUUCAUCUCUUCCUUCACUCUGGUCCUGCCCUUCUUCCCCACUGGCACAUCAGAGCGUAUGGAGGAUGAAGGAGACGUUGCCACAGCUUUUACUCUUGCUAGGAUCUUGUCCAACAUACCAACUUCAAGAGGAGGGCCUACUAGCUUGGUUACUUUUGAUAUCCAUGCCUUGCAGGAGAGGUUUUACUUCGGGGAUACCAUUCUGCCAUGCUUCGAAAGUGGGAUACCUUUGCUUAUGAAUAGGUUGCAGCAGCUUCCAGAUUCUCGUAAUAUAGCAAUAGCUUUCCCGGAUGAUGGAGCGUGGAAAAGGUUUCAUAAACAACUACAGCAUUUCCCCACGAUUGUGUGUGCAAAGGUUCGGGAAGGUGAACAGAGAAUCGUGCGUAUCAAGGAAGGAGACCCUCAAGGACGGCAUGUAGUGAUUGUUGAUGACCUAGUUCAGUCAGGUGGCACCUUGAUUGAAUGUCAGAAAGUGCUGGCCAAGCAUGGUGCAACAAGAGUAAGCGCUUAUGUUACGCAUGGCAUUUUCCCUAAUCAGUCGUGGCAGCGCUUUCAGUCCGACAGUGCAGGUAAUCCAGCUACUGGACUGACCCACUUCUGGAUCACGGAUUCAUGCCCAUCGACAGUUAAGGCAGUGAUGAACAGACAACCAUUUGAGGUUCUUAGCCUGGCUAGUUCAAUAGCAGCUGCCCUUCAGAUCUGAUCGUAAUGAUUACAAGCUUUUCCAUCAUCGUCUAUAAGAGGCUUUUGUUCCCCAGGAAUUUUUUGGUUCUUUUCUUCUUUGUUCUCUUCAACGGCGUAUGAGUAUCCGGCAAUAAGAGGCACAAGUACAAAAAUCAAUGUUUGUCUUUAGCAUUUCUUAUUUAUAAUGAAUGAUGGAUUGUUAUGAAUAAAAGCUGGAAGAAGAACGAAAAAGAGCAUCCAUUUGCUCUAAAAGGCAAUGUUCUUGAGAUUCUACAAAAAACACGGCCCUAUAAAUUACAUGUAACUGUGCAUUUCUCAUUCACACUCUGAUCUAGGACGAGAAAGAAGGUAAUGUGUUACACCAGUGGAAAGGAUACUGUAGACCUCAUUCACUUCAUCUUAUUACUGGCCUUGAUAUAAUUUAGGAACCUUUUGAGUGGACGACCACUAUCGAUGGCUUCUCUAGCUCUAUCCAGGGCUGAAUUUACAUCUUCUGCACCGUCACAUCCCAGCAAGUGAUCAAUCAUUCCAGCGUUUAAUACAAUACGAUCAUAUGCAGGACCCUUUUGGCCAUGAAGAGCUGCCAGACCUAGCUCUAUGUUCUUGGAAACCGAUCUAUCUGUUCUUGGAGUAUCGGUGGGUUCAAAGCCAUAAUCCUUGGCGUUGACCGCAAUGCUAAAGCUCUGACGAGGCAAACCAUCAACUUCAAGAGCAGAUGCCGCAGUGGAUGAGCGAAAUCCAGAGCAGUAGUUGACCGGGAGUCCUUUUGAUGCAUUUCCUGACCUCAGUCUUGUUGUCAUAGAGAGGGCACCUUCCUCAGUCUUGUUGUCAUAGCGAAAUCCAGAGCAGUUGUUGUCAUAA